AUGGCACCUGGAGCAAGUCAAGAUUUCGGAUUAUUACCACGUGUUAUUAAUGGUGGUAUUGCUGGUAUUGUUGGUGUAAUAUGCGUGUUUCCCUUAGAUUUAGUUAAAACUCGAAUGCAAAAUCAAUCAAAAGCUGUUGGUCAACCGCCAGCCUAUAAAAAUAUUUUGGAUUGUGCGUUUAAAACAUUUCGUGGUGAAGGUUUUCGUGGAAUGUAUAGUGGUUCUGCAGUCAAUAUAUUACUCAUCACACCAGAAAAAGCGAUUAAACUUGUUGCUAAUGAUGCUUUUCGUCAACUAUUGAAAACUAAAGAUGGAUCUCUUCCUAUGCAUCGACAAAUUCUAGCUGGUGCUGGUGCUGGAACAUGUCAAAUUGUUGUAACAACACCAAUGGAAUUACUUAAAAUUCAAAGACAAAUGGCAAAAUCAAAAAAUUCACCUACUUCGCUUACUUCUCGACAACUAGCCAUGCAAUUAUAUCGUGAAAAAGGUAUACGUGGGUUAUAUCAAGGUGUUGGCGCAACAUUUACACGUGAUGUGGUUUUUUCAAUGAUGUACUUCCCAUUAUUUGCUUAUUUUAAUGAUAAAGGUAAAGCACCUGGAAGUAAUCAAGUACCUUUUUAUCAUUCAUUUGCAUCGGGUAUUGGCGCUGGUGCUAUAUCUGCUUUUCUAGCAACACCUCUUGAUGUUAUUAAAACACGUUUGCAAACAUUGGAAAAUAAAAAUCGUUACUCAGGAUUUAUUGAUUGUACUACUAAAAUAAUGAGCGAAGAAGGUGCAAGUGCCUUUUUUAAAGGUUCACUUCUUCGUGUUAUGGUUAUUGCACCAUUAUUUGGUAUUGCACAAAUGGUUUAUUACUUAGGUUUAGCCGAAGCUAUGAUGGGUCUUAAACCAUUGGGUAGUGUGAGUUAA